UGAUGACGGGCCUCGUCAUAAUGUGGCAAAACGCAGAAAACUUCAGUCUGCUUAACGCUUUUGUGUGCGCGUUUCCACUUAAAAGAAAGCAAAACAGGCGGCGGAGGGAGAUGAAAAGCGAAGGGAACAGGUGGGGUCAGUUUGGAUUUAGGAUCAACUGCGGGGAUUAGGCGCUGUCAGACCGGGUUAACCACACGGAGGGGGCCGCUGUGAUCUGCAGCCUUCCCGCCUUCCUCCAGCGAGCUACUCGAACGCCUUCCCGACUGGGUCGGGAAGACACGAUGGACGACAUCUCCGUCUGGGUUUCUGAGCACGGCUCGGACAGCUGGAGCACUCGGAGCGACCAUAGCGCAACAUGGGAGGUUAAGCUGCUGUCUGCUCCUCUGCUUUGGACUCUUUUGAGUUUCUCUUGAUUGUUACCCAGAAGAAACCCGAGAGGGAAUUGGAUUCCCGAUCACCCUCCGACCCGCCCCCUGCUCCUUUCCCUCGCUCCCCCUUGUGUCUUCCUCCCCCCACUGGCGAGGGAGCUCCGUGCCGGCCCCAUGAUGAAGGAGGAGGGCCUGCUGAACCGCCGGCGGUUCUCCACGUGUGGCGGGACGGCGUCGCUUCGACCUCCGCACCCGGACGGACGCAAACUCAUCCGCAACGCCUCCUUCGGGGGCUAUAACGAACUGUCGCCCAUCUCGCUUCCAGGUUUCGAGAGAGUUAAGGAGGACCUUCUUCCUCUGCCUUUGAAAGAGGAUUCGAAUUCCAUAUCCAAGAGCAAGUCUGAAACCAAGCUGUACAAUGGCUCAGAUAAGGAUGUGCCAGCGUCUGGCGGAAAGCUCACCAAGAAGGAGUCCCUCAAGGUGCAAAAGAAGAACUACAGAGAAGAAAAGAAGAGGGCGACCAAGGAGCUGCUUAGCACCAUCACAGACCCUUCUGUUAUCGUCAUGGCCGACUGGCUGAAGAUCCGAGGCACGCUGAAGAGCUGGACCAAGCUGUGGUGCGUCCUGAAGCCGGGCGUCCUCCUCAUAUACAAGACUCACAAAAACGGCCAGUGGGUGGGAACGGUGCUGCUGAACGCCUGCGAGCUCAUCGAGAGGCCGUCCAAGAAGGACGGCUUCUGCUUCAAGCUCUUUCACCCGCUGGAGCAGUCCAUCUGGGCGGUGAAGGGUCCCAAAGGAGAGGCAGUGGGCUCCAUCACACAGCCAUUACCCAGCAGCCACCUCAUCUUCCGCGCCGCAUCGGAGUCUGAUGGUCGAUGCUGGAUGGACGCCUUGGAGCUGGCCCUGAAGUGCUCCAGCCUGCUGAAGAGGACCAUGAUCCGGGAGGGGAAGGAGGACAUGAGCACAGUGUCUGCCGGUGGAGAGCACUCCAUCAAUUUCUACAGCCUCCUCAGAGCCCACAACAUGCACGGCUUCCAGUUCAGCGACGGCGACCACCUAAAAGACCCGGACCUGUACUCGGACAAGUCGGACCGGGAGGGCGAACAGGACCACGAGGAGUCGGACCCCGAGGGCCUGGAGAAGAGCGAGGAGAGCGACAGCGACACGUCAGAGCGCCAGGACGACUCGUACAUUGACCUGGACCCCAACGAGCAUCUGCGGGAAACCCCGUACAUGGAGCAGUCGCACGAAGAGCUGGGGGAGGCCGGCGAGGCUGCACAGACGGAGACCGUGUCCGAGGAGAAUAAGUCUCUGAUCUGGACUCUGCUGAAGCAGGUGCGGCCAGGCAUGGAUCUGUCCAAGGUCGUCCUCCCCACCUUCAUCCUGGAGCCGAGGUCCUUCCUGGACAAGCUGUCCGACUACUACUACCACGCAGAUUUCCUGUCCGAAGCUGCAGUUGAAGAGAAUGCCUACAACCGGAUGAAGAAGGUGGUGAAAUGGUACAUCUCUGGAUUUUACAAAAAGCCAAAGGGGUUAAAGAAGCCGUACAACCCCAUCAUCGGAGAGACGUACCGGUGCAUGUGGCUCCAUCAGAAGACCAACAGCAAGACUUUUUACAUCGCAGAACAGGUCUCUCAUCAUCCACCAGUGUCAGCCUUCUACGUCAGCAACAGGAAAGACGGCUUCUGCCUCAGCGGCAGCAUCCUCGCCAAGUCCAAGUUCUACGGAAACUCCUUGUCAGCCAUUUUAGAUGGAGAGGCUCGGCUCACCUUCCUCAACCGAGGGGAGGACUACGUUAUGAACAUGCCCUACGCUCACUGUAAAGGCAUACUGUACGGCACCAUGACCUUGGAGCUGGGAGGUCAGAUCACCAUUGCGUGUGAGAAAACGGGCUACAGCGCUCAGCUGGAGUUCAAACUGAAGCCGUUCCUGGGCAGCAGCGAUUGUGUCAAUCAGAUCUCCGGGAAGAUCAAGCUGGGAAAGGAGGUCCUGGCUACUCUAGAGGGACACUGGGACAGCGAGAUCUUCGUCAACGACAAGAAAACGGGGACGAUGGAUACUUUCUGGGACCCGACGCCGGAGCUGAGGCAGAACAGGCUGACGCGCUACACCGUCCCACCUGAAGAGCAGGGGGACUUCGAGUCAGAAAGAUUGUGGCAGCACGUGACUCGAGCGAUCAACAACAAAGACCAGACGGAGGCCACCAACGAGAAGUUCAUCCUGGAGGAAGCUCAGAGGAAGGCGGCCCGGGAGCGCAAAGCCAAAUGCGAGGAGUGGAUCCCCGCCCUGUUCGAGCAGGACCCCGUCACCGGAGAGUGGCAUUACAGAUAUGCCGACACCAGGCCGUGGGAUCCGCUCAACGACCUGAUUCAGUUUGAGAAAGACGGCUGCAUCCAGACCAAGGUCCGACACCGCACCCCUAUGGUACGUUCUGGCAGUCUUAUUAGUCUGAGUAACCAGGGGCCGCGGAGGGACAAUUGCAAGUGUCAGGUAACGGUGCCAAAGAGAAAACACAAGAGCGACAAGCCCAAGAGCCCGGAGAGCGGCUGCUCCUCGCCAGAACCUGAUCGCCAUGACUCAUCGGGGAGCGAACGACACAAAAGCAAGCAUAACAGUCGGCUGAGGAAAAAGGGUGCAGACCUCAGUGAACUUCAAAGUGCCAUCGACUCCAUAAAGCAGACGCAGGAGGACAUUAACAGGUGCGUCGCGGCGCUGCGGAUGCGUUCCGCAGGCCGGGCGGAGAACACUUCCUUCCUCCAGCAGCGGGACUACGUCGUCAUCGCCUGCCUCGUCAUCCUUCAGGUUCUCAUCAACUACAUUUUCAAGUAGCGGCCACAAGGCCUCACCCUAAACUCUCUCUCACAUGCACACAUACUGGAGAUUUUUAGACGAGCGGACUCCAGCUCACUCCUUCUCUCCGCUUAACAAGCCCAUAUCUUUGUGUCCUGGAAAAGCAGAAGAACUCGGAAAGAGACCGUUUUUCACGUAUUUAUUCGCAACCAUCAUCAUUCCAAAUCUCCGUGGAGAUACACGGAUUUCAAAGAGAGGAGCAGCGGUGAGGGAAUUUCACAUGGAAAAAAAGGCUCGACUGCCUUUUGGGAUUUCAUUUUCUUUCUGUUUUUGAUUAACUUGCCUUGAUGUCAAAGGCAAAGACGGCAGCCAUUUUUUAUUAGUUGUUUCUUUAUUCUUGCUUUUUUUUUUUUUUUUUUCUUAAUGGAGUGAUGCUACUCUGAUGUUUCACAUUUCACCUUGAACGACAGGGAAGCUUUUAACACAAAAACAAGAUUGUAACACAUGCACAUAAGAUCCCUUUAAUUUUAAUGCUUUUUUUUUUCUAUUUCUCUUUUCUGCUUUCCGAUCUCAUCUUGUGUUUAACCUAAGCCUGCUCAGACCAGGAAACAAACCAACGCGAUGAAACAAAGGGAAAGAAAAACCGAGUGGUCCAAUGUGUGCAACUUUUAUUUUUGUAUGAUCAGAUCCUCUUUUAUUCACCCUCGAUUCCACAUCUGGAAAUAGAAGACAGUGAGAAUAACACAAGGGACAAAAGGAACAGAAGCUAUAGAAUUCCACUUUUUGCAUACAAAGUUGUUGUUUAGAGGGAGAGAAAAAAAAAAUAGAUCACAUAUGACACAUCCUAUGUGUAUAUUGUAAGUAGCGAACUUUAACCCUUUGGAGACCAUUUUUGUCUUAUGGCACAAAUGCACUGGAAAUGUGGGACAUUCACUUUGGUAUCGCCUCAGCAUUGAGACAGACUGAUGCUCUAAUCAAGAAAAUAAAAUAUAUAUAUCUAUAUUUGAAGUCUUUUUAAAACAUCCCAGUGAACACUGCCCUUUUACUGUUCUAAUUUAAACUAGCCGACCUUCUGGUUGAUAUUAAUAAUAAACAAUUUUAGAGCGGCGCUCUGUCUUAAGCCUAAUUUCGUAGUACUCGUACUUUCUUCAAGCUUAGAGUGAGAACAAAUGAUUUUUUUUAUGCUCACUAUUUUAACAUCACUUUAACAACUCAAGUAAAAAAACCUCACAUCUAAGUUUUAGAGGCUGCCAUUUAUUAUUACUUUUAUCAAUAAUAAAUGUAAUAAUAAAAACAACGUUUCUACCAAUCCGGUUCUAGUGUUGAACUACGUCUGGCGCUGCAGCCGGUUUUCAACUGGCUCUAGAGAAAAUCCAACGAAAACGAGCUGACGCACGUCAUUCGUCUUGUUAUUGUCAACCAGGUGUCCUAAUAUAAUUGGUUGCUCAUCCAAUUCAUUUAAAUGUGGUCUUCCUGAUUUCAUCAUUUGUUUCUAAAUGCACAUCUGAAUGUUCUGGUAAUAAUUUUUAUGUGCAGACUGAUCAGUUUUAACAUGGUAAACUGAUGUUACUCAUUUCAGUUUGGUUCCAGUUAAUUCUAUGCUGUUAGAGAUGAUAGAAAAUGAAUGAUAAAUCUGUGUUUACCACAGAGUGUAAAGUCUGCAUGCAGAGUCGACACCUUUGUUUUGAUUGUUGCCUUCCUGAUUGGAAGCAAAAGUUGAUAUCAGUCUGGAGUUGAGAACCCUUCCACUUUUAGUUUGUAAGUAAUCCUAUCAGCAGUUUUUUGCUGGUGUCCUCUAGUAAAUAACCAAAAUAUAACUAAUUUAUUUUUGUGGUGCUUCAGUUAAAAACAAGUGCCAAGAAAGCACCAGCAGCAGUUUAACAUGUGACCUGGAUUGUUGAGAAACUAGUGUUUACUGUAGAAAAGGAAGCAUACGGCAAAAAUAUGCUCAGAGUAGACAAAAUCAAAGUUCAACACUUUGUUCGAACUUCACUGCCUGACUGCAGCAGCUCCGCUGCACGUCCAAUAAAGAGCAUCAGUCACUUCCUCCAGCGCAUUUGAGCCUCGAAGUUUCAAUAUGUAACCUAGAAUAGACUCCGUUCCUCGUCGGAGCGCGUAGACUUGUAGACGUUUUCUAACCGUCGCCAUGUCAAGAGCAUUCCAAAUGUACAAAAACUUGCAGCCAAACUCUCUGUGUGUUAGAGUAGAAGUCGGUUGGAGUCACUGUGUAAAUAACCCGGGUGGGCGACGGCGCCUCCGGAGCGCCACGCGGACACUCUCACUGUGUGCACGAACCGGUUUCCUCCUCCUGUUGGAGUUUUACUAGAACAUCCUGGUAAGUUUAGCAGCACUGUUUUCAUGUGUUUUUAUUUAUGUCUUCGCCUGUUAUGAUGUUAGCCUUGUCGACGUUUACAUAUAUCCGAUUGCCUCCGCCGUCAGCAGACUGUUUCGCGAUGGAAGCUUCGGGUCACAGAGACCGGUAGCGUUCGUAGGAGCCAGCUGUACCCCUGGAAGUUACCCGGCUGGCCCGAGAGUAUGUGUGUUUGAUUUUUUUUCCCCGUGCGUCCUCAUUGCCUGAGAUGGUGGAAUGUGUGGAAAUAAGUACAUACCAGUGCCUUUUAGAGUCAGACAUGGGGUGAAGUUGUAGCUUAAAGGAGGUGGUGUGGGCAGGGUGCAACAGAAGGUAUAGUUUGAAUUCAGACUUGGAUUGUGGUCGCGUUUACUGUAGAGUUGUAGUGUGGACGGUGCCAUAUGAAGUCUGACUCCACAGGUAGACACCCGCCGCCCGUAGAUACCCAAAGGCCGAUCCCCUGCCACAGGAGGAAGAGUGCAGUUUUCCUUCCCGUCUCCCUUGCUCCCUUGUCUUCAACACACAAAACGUGGAGGGAAGCGGCCAUCUUUACUGUACGUCGUCGUUACCAUGUCCGUGAAAGAUCGUUUUAUUUAUUCCUCUUUUGUAUGUGGGUUUAUGCUGUUUUUCAGCUCAAAGUUUUAGGUCACUGUUCUUUUAUCUUAUUUAAUGUUUGUUUUAUUUUUCCAAAUGCACACGCUCGUUUUUAAUCCACGUCACGUUAAUACCAGACACACUGGACCGUCCAAACUGGGGCGCCUCACUUCCACACACACACAUGUGUUUACACACAUUUUCUUCCUAUUCAAGUAAUUGAAUAUAUUUACUGUAUCUCCAUGGAAACUGUAACUUCUCUGAAGUUUAUGGUCACAUGUAACACAAUAAAAAUAAAUGACAUACUCAA